AUGACAUCAGCGGAGCAAUUUGUACCAGAGAUCUCAAAUUAUUACUAUGAUCAACAACAACAACAACAUCAGCAACAGUCAAAUCCAAGGCUUACAACGACCAGUAAUUCUGCAACAGCACCUGCACCACCAUCCGGUCCAUCAUAUUAUCCAAAUACACAGUAUAGUGCUCCUGAUUCCAGUCAACAUGGUCCGAGUUCAUCUUGUGGUUACAAUAAUGGUGAAUGGAAUAAGAAUGGUAAAGAUGGUGAAAAAGAUGACGAUGAAGAAGAGAAGAAUAGUGUAGCUGUUUAUCCAUGGAUGACACGGGUUCAUUCAGCUAGUGGUUAG